AUGAUCAGGAACUAUCCAGGAAACAAUCUGAACACGGAAGCAGUGAUUGAAAUCUUUUAUAACGGUUUGCUUAAGAGAACUCGAAGGGAACUUGCCGGGGCAUUCGGGGGUAGCUUGAACAAUGUGACACCUAGUGAGGGGUACAAGAUCCUCGAUGACAUGGCUAAAGAGUUUCCUGGUCGUGAAGAACUUUUGAGUAGGAAAACUGCAAGCAAGACUGUUGCAAAAUUGGAAAGUGGUGAAGAGUCCAGUUUGGUUAUUGAAGUCAAAGCACUCUCGAAGCAGAUGAAUGAGAGAUUUGACAACCAAGACAUGAGGUUUAAAAGCAUUGAAAGAGAUGUAAAGGUGAUUGCUGAUGGAUGUGACUACUGUGAAGACAUGCACUAUUCAGAAGAUUGUCCGGAUAAGCCGGCCCAGGAAGUCAAUUAUGUGCAAAAUCAGCAAGGAAACUUCAACCAGAAUACCGGUUAUCAGAACCGGCCAUCAGGUACCUCUUUUUCCUCUUCCUCAUUUAAUAAUGCUAAUAAUUCUGGUUUUAGUGGAAACAGGUUCAGCAGGUUCAACAGUCAGCAGAAUGCGAAUGCUGAAUUGAGAGAGAUCAUGAAGGAUUUGGUUGGCGCUCAGAAAGCCACCAAUGAGAAGUUGAACGGGUUGGCUAAUAAGCUGGAGCAGAGUACAAAGAGUACUCAAGCAACAUUUCAGGAUAUCGAGGCUAAGCUUGAAAGGCUAGGAACAUCAAACAGGCAGCCCGGUACAUUACCUCGCAAUACUCAGCAUAAUCCUAAGCCUCGGCAGAAUAGCCAAGGAUCAGUUGCCAAGUAUAGCUACCCGAACGCUAGAAAUGAGCAGGUUGAAGCCGAUCAAGCUAUUGAUGAUAAGAUUGAGAUGGAACUGAACCCAGCCGUGAAGACACCGGUCGUUCCAUCCAAGACUGUUGAGAAACCACCGGUUAAACCAUAUCAGCCGAAGAUACCUUUUCCUCAACGAUUGAGGAAAGCGAAGAUCAGGGAGAAUUUUAAAAAGUUUGUCGAUUUGAUUCAAAAUGUUAACAUUAUUGUUCCUCUAGUUGAUCUUCUUGCAGAAGUUAGAAGAGGCGAAGACGAUGUAAUGAGUGCCGAGGUGUCAGCUAUCAUUAAGAAUGAGAUAUCUCCUAAGUUGGAAGAUCCAGGGAGUUUUCUUAUCUCUUGUGCUUUUAGUGCUAUAUUGUAUAAGGCAUUAGCCGAUCUAGGGGCUAGUAUUAAUUUAAUGCCUUAUUCUGUUUACAAAAGAUUGUCUUUAGGUGAUUUGACCCCUACCCGCAUGAGCAUUAGGCUAGCGGAUCGUUCGUUCCAAUAUUCCAUGGGGAUAGGGGAAAAUUUGCAAAUUAGGGUAGGUCACAUGAUAUUCCCGGUAGAUUUUGUUGUGCGUUAA